GUGUGUGUGGGGGGCGGGGGGGUGAGUGAGUGGAGUGAACUAUCUUGUAUCUGUAUUCAGUUCGGUGGUUCUUUGGUUCUUUCAACAAACCGGACACAAAGCUAAAGCCGCUGAAGCGUGAUACAGCUCAGAUCACAGGAAUAAGGAGAGAUAUUAAGGGCUAAGUGAUGAAUAUGAGUCACUCAAACUGCGCUGUGAACGGAGGCGUGGAGCCAACUGUAGCAUGCAGACAACAGCACCCUCCACUCUGCCAACACUGACUCCUCCACCGGGAGGGGAGGACUCAGAAAACUGCAGCUCAUGAUCGCCUUCGGUGUGUCGCCUGUUCCUGUGGAGGUGUAGUAGUCAUGACAGCCUCAAACACUGGCCAGCAUCCCCCCACACCACCACCGCCUCCUCCUCCUCCACCACCUCCUCCUCCUCGAUUCAGGCGCAUUGCCGUGCUUCCCCUGUUUUCUCCGGCGUUGUUUUUGGACCCGAGUGUCCCGCAGUGACCAUCGACUGCCUGCUGGAUUGCAGCAAGUAGUCGACCUCCGCUUGUGCUCGGUGUACCGAGAGAGCUCAGGCAUGCCAUCUGUCUCCGCUGGCAACACUGGUGUCUGGACCGUAAUUCGCUUCACUACUUGAGGGAAUCAAAGUUGCUGCAAUGGAGACUUCGGGGACUGAUGCAGCUCUCACACACUUGGGGAAAGCUGAAGACAGAGACGGAUAUUAUGAUCUGGAACAUCUGCCCCCGCUGCUGGAGGAUGAGGAGAAUGUGUCCCUGGCAGACAUCCUUUCUUUGCGGGACAGCUGUUUGUCUGAGGAGGAGGUGUGGGCGGUGUGUGCAGAGUGUGUUCUGGCCCUGCAGAGUAUUAGACCCUCCCACCUCUUCCAUACCCUGUGUAUAACUCCAGACACGCUGGCCUUCAAUGCCCAUGGGAAUGUUUGCUUCAUGGAGCAGCUGAGUGAUGAUCCAGAAGGCUCCUUCGUGCCUCCUGAGUUCGACAACACAGGCAGCACGUUUGAGGGCCAUGUUUACUCUCUGGGCUCUACGCUCUCUGCCGCACUGAACUUUGUCAUCGAGCCAGAGCUGGAGGCUGAGCUGGGAGAAGAAAUCCAGAAGCUGCUGGAGCAGAUGCAGGAGGAAAAGCCCGAGGACAGGCCUCUCCUGCAGGACAUCCUGUCUCUGGCUGAGGCUCGGCUGUCUCAUACCUCCUCUGCAGCUGUGUGCCGGAAACUGUCUUCUAUUGGGCGACGGGUGCUUUCCAUUGAAUCUGUUUCAACAUUUCAAGAUGGACAUGAAGGCUCCUGGGAGGCGAGAUGGCAGCAUCCGAAACCCAGAUGUCUGCUCAGAAGACUGAGCUCAGAUGAUAAUACCAAAGACCUGUGCAGUGACAGUUCUGUCAAGGCAAAUGGUCUGUCCAGGCAGCAGGUGUGUGGGGGCUGGGAUUCCUCUCUCUGGGCAGAGGAUAUGGACCACAGUGAAGGAGAUGGCACAAUCUUGGCAGAUGAGAUGGACUGCAGGUCCCACAACAGCUCCCCAGUGAGGAGGAGAGCCCAGCAGAGGCUGAACAGGGUGAGGGGGGCUCUAAACCGCUCCUGUUCUGUCCCGGACUCCAACAACCCCCCCUGCCUCUCCCCUCCAACACAUGGAGAUAUCAGUAUACCAAUAUCUGACCUCACUGAGAUAGGAGCAGAUGAACACUUGAGCUGCAAGUCCAUGUGGAGUAACAGACUUCAAAGACUCAACCGGGGCAAGUCCUGUGAAUCUUACCCACAUAGCAGCGCUGAGGAUUAUGUGAACUCCGUUAUGGAUGUCCCAGAAAACAAGGAUGCUGAAGAGACUUUGUGCAGUGGAGAAACAAAGAGCCAAGAGUGCCAUGAAUGUGAAUCCAAUGACUGUGUCCAGAGUUUAUCAUCUUCCUGUCAGGACCUGGACUCUUCUGGGGACCAGAGCUCAUUGAACCAUGGCCUCUACAUUCCUAAUAACCACAUGACCAAAAGCAUGCUGUGCCUGAAUGAAGAAUCUCAGGAUGAGUGGAUCUCUCUGAGAGAGUUACUCAGUCGCUGUGGAAGGAGGCUGACGGUUAAUGAGCUGUGGGCUCUGUGUUACACCUGCCUGUCCUCUCUGCAGACCUACAUUGACUUUCCAGCCUAUUUAUGCCUAGACACAGUGUACGUGGGCUGCGAGGGAGAGGUGCUUUUUUUGAAACCUAAAAACAUAGAUGAAUUUUAUCUUGCUCCUGAAUAUCAAGAACAUGGCAUUGUGACUGAGAAGGUUUGUGUGUAUGGCGUUGCUGCUAUUCUCUGGGCCACAGCCAAGUUCAGUUUAUCACCUAAUCAAAAACUGGCGAUGCCUCGCAAACUGAAGAGACUGCUGCUGGAGAUGGCAAAGAGGACGCCCAUCGAGAGACCGACCAUCAUUAUGGCUAAAAAAAGCUGUCGUGACUACUUAGCACGUCAAGGGACAAACGCUGAGACUGUGUGGAACAACAUCAUCAGCAGAGUUCACCCGCCAGUCACAGAAUUCACCGAUGCAGAAGAUCUGAGUGCAACUGAAACUCUCCACAGCUCAUGUGAAGAGUCUGCACAGAACAACAGUGGCUUUGUGCCCAUGGCCACUGAGAGCCGACUGGCUCCUGUGCCUGGCCCUGUUCCCCACAGCUAUCCAGUCAGCAAGGAACUCCAACUCCCAGAAGCCUUCACCUCCACAGCCACACACUUCACCCCCAUCAUUCUGACCAAUGAAGGGGACUCAGAGGAGGAGAGUCAAAUCCUUGGAGCUGCCAUUGAAGGGACUGUGGAUGGAUUCACAAAAACCAGUGAACACAUCGAGGAAAGAGAUGCUGAUUUCACUUCACACACUGAGUACCCAUAUCCUGCACACACUGAACCCAGUCUACACACAGAGGAGCUGCCUGCUCAUCAGGCAGUCAUAACCACAACUUCUACAACUUCCAGUGACGAGAUACAGGUCAACUCUUCUUCUGCGCCCCCUGAUGUUUCCUGUCUUGAAGUGUCUCUUCCUCCUCCAUUAUCCACUAACCUCAAUAGUUGUGGUGUCUUCAACAAUUACCUCUUCCGUCAGGAUCCCACUACAGGACAUCUGUCUUUAGUGCCUGUGCAGGUCAGGGCUCCAGAGUCCCUCCUUGGGCUGGAUAUAAAUCUCUCUCUGGUCCCACAGCCUUUGCAAGGACUAAUCACAGUUCCAGAGAACGCUGAGGGUCCGUUUAUUAACUGUCUGAAUGUACCUGUGAGACCUGAACCCCAGGUGUAUGACCCACCGUCAUAUUUCAGUGGUGGCUCCAUCAUUUCUGACAGCCCCCUGGAGCACAGUGGACAAACAAAUCCAGGAACACAGCGUGAGAACCGGUCUCCUUCAGAGUCCAUCUCCCCCAAAGUCCACCCUGCCUUACAGGAGGUGAUCGACCUGCUCAAGGGAGAGUUUUCACUUGAUGGGUAUUUGGAUAAUGGACAUGAAGACAUUGCAAUGGGGGAGUACAUCUUCUCUCUGAAGGACCUCCAGUACCACACGUUCGCCAGUGUUGUGAAAGAGCGGUUCAGUGAUCUGUACUGGGAAGACGACUUGCUGGGUGUUUUACACUGCCUGGUCAACUACAGCCCAUCCUCACUCGACUCUAACGAGCAGCCUCCAUCAAAGGCUGAGAAAAGGGCAGCCCUUACCCCACCCUUGAUAGCAACUGUCUGGAGAGAGAAGAGAGAAGUUUGUGUGCACGGCCAUCUUGAUCUGAAUGGAAACAUUCACACUUCCAGUCCUGCUGCUGUGGAUUCCUGGGAAGAAACUGAGGCCCCGUCCUGUCAUGGAGAAAAUGAGACGGCGCAUGAGGAUUUUGAAUUAAGAUCGGAGCAGAGUCAACACUCUAUCAGUCAAGGCGUGAGCACGGACGGUUCAGACGCAGGGGUCAUGGAGGGAGGAGAUCAGUCAGCGGGGGGCAGCGAUGAAAGCCCCUCUGAAGCUGAGUUUCUGUCGGGCAGAGAGGAAGGGCUGCCGGGAGCCCACGACGAGCAGAUGAGCCCCGACUGCUCCGAGGACAUGGAGGACAGUGACUCCCUGGUGUCAGAGCGACUCGUCUCGCCUGGAUCCAGAGCAGAGGGACCGGGCCUCAGCUUCAGCCCGACCUGGGCCUUAGCCUUUUUUGGAGAAGAUUGUUUUAGCACAGAAGUGAUACAGUAUGCAAUGAAUCUGGGACAGCACACUGGAUCACCAUGUCUAGAUGUGAAAACACAGGAACUACAGCAGCAGCUGAUAAUUGAAACAAGGAAUCUGAAGAAAACUAGAAAUUUCUACCAGAAGCUGAUUCAACAAGAGAGAAAAAAUAAAGGUUCUGAGAGCAAACUGAUGCUGUCCAAACUCAAGUCCCAGCUUGAGGAGCUCAGAUCCAAAGUGGUCUUCUUGGACUGUGUGAAGAAAUACCUCGAGAUUCUGAGUGUGGACCAGUGGGGUUUGGAGGUUUCAUUAGUACCCUCUUUGGCUGUCUGUGGACCUGGCUCCUUGGACCUCCAAUCCUCUGAGGAUCCUUCUGUUCUGAACUUUGGCUCCAGCAAAGGGAAGAGCACUCUGCAGGCUGGGUCUCCUCUGGGCCUCAUGGCUUACCUCUACACCAGAAAUGCUGCAGUGGAGGGUUACAUCCAGCAGUUCCUCUACACCUAUCGUUUCUUCUGCAGCCCUGAGCAGUUACUGCACUUCAUUAUGGAUAAAUUCAUCAGUGCUGUAAGAGAAGGUCCAGACAUGUCAGCAGACACUGAGAAGAUCUUCCAUCGCAGUUUGGACCUGCUGCAGUUCUGGAUAACAGACUUUAAACAGGUGGACUUCACACCAAAGUCCAGCCUUUUGGACACGUUAGAAAACUUCCUCAACACCGAGGUGAUUCCUGUGGACAGCCGGGGGGAGGCUCUUCUUGCUGCUCUCCACAGCCCUCCUACUACAACAUGGAGUCAGGGAAGAGGAAGCCUGAUCAGCCUAGAGGAGGAAGAUGAGUCUGUGUGCUUGCAUUCAUCCACAGAGGAUCUUGGAAGAAAAUGGAGGAUCUCAAGAGUGGUGGAGCCCUCUGCAUCCCUGCCUAAAGAGAAGGCCUUCUCCAUCGCUGCAGCUUUGCCUAUGCCUUGCUACAGCUCCCUGGUGGACGACCUCUCCAACGUCUGUCUGCACGGUGAGGAGCGACGCCCGUUCAGCCAGAACGAAUACAGCGCGCAGCACAUAGCCCAGCAGCUGACCCUCCUGCAGCAGGAAAUGUUCCAGGGAUGUCAUCCAGUUCAUUUCCUCAACUCCAGAGUCCAGGGAGUCAGGGGCAAAGUCUCUGUCCCAAACAAGAACGUGUCCCAGCACAUCCCACCAGCAGAGGGCAGUAGUCUGCUUGAAUCUGAGGGAACGCCGUCAGAUGGCCACCUCCAGCGGCUGCUCACAUAUGCUGACAGUGUCACUAACUGGAUCUCCUCUGAAGUAGUCAUCUGUGACUCCGCCAAGACACAGGUUGCUUUGCUGACCAAGUAUCUGUGGAUAGGAAAACACUGCUAUGAGUCGAGGAACUUUGCCACAGCCAUGCAGGUCCUCGGAGGUCUGGAGAAUGUGAUUGUCAGGCAAUUACCAGCUUGGAAACAUCUGUCUUCCAAGGUGUGUGAGAUCCUGGAGGAGCUCCGAGCUGUGCAGGUGUUUCUGAAGAGUGACGACCUGUGUCUGAUGGGAGGAGAGAACUCGAGGAGGAGGCCCACCCUGCCGUCUGUGCACAUCCUGGCCAUGCACGUCCAGCAGCUGGAGAUCGGAGCCUUCACACUCACUACUGGAGCCUUCAAGUGGACCAAGCUCAGGAGCAUAGCAAAGGUUGUGAGUCAGGUGCACGCCUUCCAGGAGGCAGUAUACUCCUACAGCCCUGACCGGGAGCUACAGGCGUACCUUCAGCGUCGCAUCACCCGGCUCGCCACCUCCGACAUACACCUCUUGGCCUCCGACAACGAUGCCAACUUCCAGCAGUCCAGCGAGCGACAAACACGGAGGAUCCAGGACACGCUGAGGAGAGUAAAGGCCACCUUCCAGUGAGCCCUCCCCCAGUCACAUUUCAGAGCCCUGAGUGAGUCACCGCCAACAGGUCAACACCCCAUGUCCAAGCCCAGGCUGAGGCUCCAUGCUCCAGGCGAGACCCUCUGAUGCCUCUGUUGUUCUGGCAGCAGAGCUUUGUAGACUGGAAAAGCUUUUCUGCCGUUGUAUGUCCACUGUUUGUCAAACAGCCCUUAACUUCAGUCAGUAAUAUCAUUUUAGACUCCCAGGCAACCUUUAUAACUCACACCCUUUAGAUCACACAGGUUCUGCUGCUGGUCUCUGUGGGUUUUGAUAUUAGCGUUUCUCUUCUGCAAAGACAAAAGUCAUGGAUGAUUCUUGCAAUUUGCUUCCUCAGCUCAUAAACUGACAUUUUCUCUCAUUAUUUGUGAACUGACCCUUUAAUUUAGCUGUUAAGGACUCCAUAUGAUCAUAUGUGGACUGAACAUGGCAGCAGAGCUAAAUGUGUGUCCAACAUCAAGGCUGGGUUACCCACAGGGCCUGAGAAGCCCAGCAUAAGUGGUAAUGUGUUUAAAGUGUUUAAGAAUAUGUACAUCAGCUGACAUGAUGAGGGCCUUAAGGUGGAAUUCUCCUUUUUAAGCUGAGUCUAUCGACCAGUCCGUCCAGACUGAAUGAAAUUUUAAUUUUUCCGUUUCUCCCUGCACCGUGUCAGACUGUGAUGAAUGUUCAGCUCGCUCAACCAAGACAGAAUUUUCAGGUAAACUGUCCAUUUCAAAUUCACCAUUUUUGGUGAUUUGUAAAUUCUCUUCUGCUGCUCCAUUACUGUGUAAUUGGUCGCAGCUCAAUGAACUAACAGCAGAAACAGCGCAGAGGUUUAAAAAAAGUUUCUGUGGUGGAAAUAAAGCUAUGAAGAGGCGAGACACAGUCAUCAUUUAAAUGUGGGGAUAUCGGUGCAGGAGGACAUUCAUAAUGUUGCACUCUGUUGUACAACAAAUGACUAAAAGAUGUUCAAGCCCUGGCUCCUUUCAGAUAUCAGAAGGGUGUGAAGGGAGGGAGUUUCCAAAGCUGCUCCAACCAUCAGCCAGUUCUGAUGGCGUUUACCUUGUUACCUAAACUUGUGGCCGGUCUGACUGGUCUAAGAUCAAGAUCUUAUUUUAAGACCCUCGUCAUUUCAGCUGAUACAGUGGUAUCAUGGGGUGGGGGGGUGGGGGGUCCCGGCAGGUUAAUCCAGCCUCGUUAAACAUUCUAACAAAAUAUAUUUGAUGUUGCUGAAUUGUGUUUGACUUGUAGGAAACAGACAAAAUAAUGCAGAACAGUUUACUGAUCAUAUGUUUUAGCCAAUCUGUUUGUUUACCAAUUAGUUUAUCAAAUGAGAUUUAUAUGACUAGACUGGUACAUUAAUAUCUAAUAUUAAUUCCAUUUAAACAGCACAACGUGAAGUAAUUUCAUUUAUUAUCAAUAAAGUGUUGUGAAGGGUAAAAUCUAGACAAGCUUACUGUCAUGACAAUACCUUACCAUUACAGAGAAAAUGACAGAACAUAAUGAGAUGUCAGUGUGCAAAAUGUUAUUUGAGGAAUGAUGUUCAGUCUGUGUCUAUUUUUCUAUUUUCCUGCCCGCUCUCUCUCUCCCAUGGUUUUCUGCCCUGAGACACACCGUGGAGAUGGAAUGUGACAUGCUAUGAAGAUUUGCUUAAUUUAGCCAAAUAAAUGAGAUUUUAUAAGC